AUGGUAGUACAAAUUCUGAAAAUAAAAAAAGCUACAUUAAGCUUAUUACAACAAAUGACUAUGAGUAUUGGCUCAAAUUUGAAUGAAUUUGCUUACGUAAGGAUUUCUCUGAGGCAUGAGUAA